AUGAAGUCUAUAAGACCCCUAAUUUCUAUUUCGCAACGCUAUGUUCGGAAGCGAGCACCUCCUAUAACGUCUUCAGGAGGGAUUCUUGAGGAAGGGACCACAUUCUCCGAUGUGCAUUCGGUGGUUCUUGAUCCAACCAGAAAACUACCCUACCCAGAAGAGCAUUUGAAAGAUUAUAUUGAAAAAACCUCCAAAGAACUUCUCGCAGAAAAACGCAAAGCUAAAUAUGGCAACAAGAAGAAGUCUACAGGAGUGAUUGUCUUUGAUCACAUACCUAUUGAAGAUCAGGUUGUGCUCCUUUUUCCUGGACAAGGAGCUCAAUUCGUUGGAAUGGGCUCUAAGCUAUUGAGCUGUGAACCUUCAAAAAGAGUUUUUGAAAUAGCUAAUGAGGUAUUGGGUUACGAUUUACUCAAAAUGUGCUUGGAAGGACCGAAAACCAAAUUGGAUCAGACGAUCUACUGUCAACCUGCCGUAUUCGUGUCAUCUAUCGCAGCUUUCGAAAAGCUGAAAGCAGAAGAUGAAACAGUCCAGGAGAAUCUCACAGACGUUGCAGGGUUUAGUGUUGGAGAGUUCGGUGCUCUUGUGGCUGGUGGAAUUUUGACUUUUGAAGAUGCUUUGCGAAUUGUGAAAGUACGUUGUGAGGCUAUGCACGAAUGCAAUCAGAUUAUCAAAAGUGGAAUGUUAACAAUCAGAGUCAAAGCUUCAUCUCGUUUGGAUGAUUUGCUUCGAGACGCUAGACUAGUUGCACAAGAGAGAGGAGAAUUCGAAGUGUGUGAAGUAGCAAACUAUUUGUUCUGUGGAGUCCGUGUUUUGGGAGCUUCAGAGACUUGUAUGAAUUUCAUUGAGGAGCACCAAGAUGAAUAUGAUAUUAAGGUAUUGAAACGUCUAGCGGUAAGUGGCGCAUUCCACACCCGUCAAAUGGAAGGAGCCAUUCAAAAACUCCGAGAAAGCUUGAAAAGCGCCGAGUUCAACAAAGCCUUCUGUAAUGUUUAUUCCAAUUAUACUGGAGCGAUACAUGCAGCUAAGAAGAGCGAGUUGAAGGCUGCCGUCGUUAAACAAGUAACUCAUCCUGUCAAAUGGGAACAGAUUCAACAACUACUUUACAGAAAACAUCAAGAUUAUCGGUUUCCACGAUAUAUCGAAGUUGGACCUGGACGACAAUUGGGAAGCAUGCUAUUACAGACUAGUAAGAAGGCCUAUGCGCGUUAUGAGCAUUAUCCAUGUUAG